GAAAAUAAAGUUCUUAUGUGCUUUAUAUUAACUUGGUUUUUCUCUAAUGAUUUCUAUCUGUUUGUAUUGCAGGUUCUAAAAUAUAGUAAGCAUUGUAGAGUCUGUGACAAAUGCGUUGAUGGCUUUGAUCAUCAUUGCAGGUGGAUCAAUAACUGCAUAGGAAGAAAAAAUUACAAAAGGUUCUUCAUCCUCAUGGUGUUUGCUCUUCUCUUGCUUAUUCUGCAGUGGGCUGUUGGGAUGCUUGUGCUGAUACUGUGUUUUGUUGAGAGAAGGAGAUUUUCUGCUGAAAUUGUUUCAAAGCUGGGUAGUAGCUUUUCCUUGGCACCCUUUAUCAUUGUGGUGGCUGUGUGCACUUUAUUAGCCAUGGUUGCUACUCUUCCAGUUGCACAACUUUUCUUCUUCCAUAUUCUUUUAAUAAAAAAGGGAAUCAGCACCUAUGAUUACAUUAUUGCUUUGAGGGAGCAAGAUCAGGAGCAGGAGCAACUUGCUGUUGGUGGGCAGCAAAGUCCGCAAAUGUCCCAAGUGAGCUCUUUUACUGGACUAAGCAGCACCAGUUCUUUCAAUCAAUUCCAUCGCGGUGCAUGGUGUACUCCGCCAAGAUUAUUCCUUGAGGAUCAGCUCUCGCUGGAAAGCUAA